CUUCACUCAUGCAUUUAAUAGGAAGAAAUAAAACGGGCAAUUUAGUUCUAAUGCGCAUUGAAAUGUUGGUUGUACACGUAUUGCAUUCUAAGAUGGUGAACAAUUUAAGAAACGCUUUGAUGUUCUGGAAAAUAGCACUAAUUGUGUUCAUUGAACCGAAUUUAGCAAAGGAUGCAUUUACGGUUUUCAUGCGGGAUGUACGGGAUGAACGGUUGCGAGAAACGGCCGGUCUCUACAGGCAGACGGUGAUUUCCGACACAAUUGCCUGCACGGGUACCCAUCGUUACCACGCCACAGGUACCGCUUACUAUCCGGACCCUAGUCCUGUGGAGGGAGGAUACGUUGAUAUGCAUGGCAUGCCCUUACAAACACUUCAGGAUUACCUUGAAGGAAAGGCCUCCGUGGUUACUGUUGCUAUCAUGGACAAUCACGCCGGUAUUAGUUAUGACACACCCGUCUGCAUUCCAGAACUGAACCAGAAGUACAAUCGGUUCAUCGAUUUCAGGGUGCGUGACACCGGCAGUGCAUUCACAAACAAGGGCCACUCGAGAAUCGACAUCUGCGUUCGUACUCGUCACGACUCGUUCGAUAAUACGAUCAAUGGACCAUUGACGCUUGUUUUCCACUGAUAAUAUAUAUAGUUUUAUAUUAUAUUCAUUUGCUUUUAUUUAAUCUGACCUUCACGUUUGUGCAUCUUGUCUAUUUACGCAUUUGUACGUCAAAAGACUUUAAAUCCCCUUACAUGUUUUUCUUUUAUAUACAGCUCAAUGCUAGUGCAUUCUUUUGGUGGUAAAAACAUGAAUCCAUUAUUAAAUCUAAAAAGUUAAACUGUUAAGAUGUAGUUUUUAAAAGAUAUCUUUACUGCCGUAAACCUUCAUGAAACCCAAACGCAUUGAAAUCGUACAAAUUAAACGUGCACAAUAAUUAUGCAAUACAUUACGAUGCCCCUAAACGGCUGAUCAAAAUUCGCUCGUUCCAAGCGUGCAAAAUGGUUCAAUGUUGUGUGUGCAUUUAAACAUAAGACAAAAAGUAGACGCCAGUAAGAUGUAUUGCGUUCGACAAUAAACGUUAUUACAAACUC